AUGGCGCCGAAUAAAGAUUGGAUGGACCUAGUAGAUGAUGAUAGACUUGAUCCAAAAUAUAAAGAAGGGGUUGAUCAGUUUUUAGACUAUGCAUAUGAGAAGCUGUUGGAUAGUUUUAAUGAAAAGGAUGAAGACUUUGAAAUUCGAUGUCCAUGUGUUAAAUGCAGCAAUGUGAAGUCUGGUAAUCGUGAGUCGGUAAAGACCCACUUGAUUGUUCAUGGAAUUAUUAAAAACUACAGAUUUUGGUGUCAUCACGGCGAAAGACAGGGUGAGUCCAUUUCGGAGUUUGAUGAAGAACAAGAAGAAAUGAUAGAAGAAAGCCAGAGUGACGAUGAAAUGCAAGAAAUGAUUGGAGAUUUAUUUCAUAAUUCAACUGGCGUUGUUGCACCUGAUGCCACGUCGAGUCAGGAUAUUCUUGAGCAGGAACCAGAUGGACAUGCAAAACAAUUCUACAGUCUUUUAGGUGACUCCGAGAAACCUUUGUAUGAAGGCUCUAAAUGUUCAAAGUUAUCUGCUUUAGUGAAACUACUUCACAUAAAGAGCCUAAAUAGGUGGAGUAAUAAAUCAUUCUCAAUGUUGCUCCAGUUUUUGAAUGAGGAGCUAUUGCCAGGGGAAUCAACACUGCCUAAUUCGUAUGACGAGGCCAAAAAAUUAAUCCGAGACCUUGGCCUAUCAUAUGAAAAAAUUGAUUCGUGUCCAUUCUCUUGCAUGCUGUUUUGGAAAAAUGAAGAAGGUCUUGAUACGUGUCAGAGAUGUGGUGCUUCUAGAUGGAAACUUGAUAAACAUGGAAAAGAGAUCAAGCGAAAGGCAAAUGGUAAAAAAAUACCACAAAAGACAUUGCGAUAUUUUCCUCUUAAGCCACGAUUGCAAAGGCUUUACAUGUCUUCGAAGACAGCUUCUGAUAUGAGAUGGCACCAUGAAAGACAAGUUGAGGACGGAGUGAUGAGGCAUCCAGCUGACUCUAAGGCUUGGAAAAACUUUAAUGAGCUACAUGAAAGCUUUGCCGAAGAGCCCCGAAAUGUUAGGCUCGGUCUUGCAAGUGAUGGUUUCCAACCUUUCACAAAUUCAAAAGUUUCUUAUAGCAUAUGGCCCGUUUUACUUGUACCAUAUAACUUACCACCAUGGAUGUGCAUGAAGCAAUCUAAUUUUAUUUUAUCUAUGCUCAUUCCUGGUCCAACUGGUCCUGGAUGGAGCACUAAGGGGAAAUUAGCAUGUCCUUGUUGUAAUAAGCACACUCACUCUAUCAGGUUAAAAUAUGGAGGCAAGCAGAGCUAUAUGGGACAUCGUCGCUAUCUUGAUGAAAAUCACAUUUGGAGAAAGGAUAAGAAAUCAUUUGAUGGAACUAGGGAGAAAGGGUAUGCAGCGCCGAAGCUGAUCGGAGAUGACAUCCUUAACAGUUGGAGAAAGGAUAAGAAAUCAUUUGAUGGCACUAGGGAGAGAGGGUAUGCAGCGCCGAAGCUGAUCGGAGAUGACAUCCUUAAGCAGGUGGAAGAUCUUAUAGGGAUCACCUUGACCAAUCAUCCAGAGAAGAAAAUUAAAAUAUCACACGAAAGGCGGGGAGAUAAUUGGAAUAAAAAAAGUAUUUUUUUUUAUUUGCCAUAUUGGAGAACUCUCUUAUUGCGACAUAAUUUAGAUGUCAUGCAUAUUGAGAAGAAUAUUUGUGAUAGUUUGCUGGAAACAAUCAUGAACAUUAAAGGAAAGACAAAUGAUAAUAUCAAAGCCCGUCUCGAUUUACAAGCAAUGAGUUUAAAACCGGAGUUACAUCCAAUCCAGAGAGGAGAUAAACUUGUGAUGCCAGCAGCUUGUUAUACUUUAUCCCAAGAAGAGCAAAGCAAAUUUUGUCGAUUUCUAAAGGAGUUAAAAGUUCCAGAUGGAUUUUCAUCCAAUAUUUCUCAAUGUGUAAAUCUUAAAGAGCGUAAGAUUUUGGGGUUAAAGAGUCAUGACUGUCACGUUCUUUUGCAGCGCUUGAUUCCUGUAUCGAUUCGUGGCCUUCUUCCUGCAAAAGUGUGUGAACCAAUUAUUGAACUUUCCAUAUUCUUCACUAUAUUAUGUGCUAAGACAUUAAGGGUGGAUGAACUAAAGCAAAUUGAUGAGCAUAUUCCACUGACGUUAUGUAAGCUUGAGAAGAUUUUUCCACCUUCAAUUUUUGAUGUCAUGCUGCAUUUAGUAGUUCAUUUAGUGAAGCCAUACUUGGAGGGCAUGUUCGAUUUCGAUGGAUGCUUCGAGAGAAAGUUUAAUCGCCUUGAAAGAAAUUAUGAAGAUGACAAUAGAGAAUGUAAUGAAGCACAACUAUCUAUUUUCAGACAUAGUGGGCGGGCAUUGGGUGCUGCCACCACCCGCUACCUUGAUGAACGUGAGUGGUUGCAAGCUCAUAUUUAUGUUCUAAAGAACUGUGAUAAAGUACAACCACACAUUGAGGACUACAAUGAAUUCGUGAGAGAACCCACAAAUCACUAUGAUGAUAAAGAUUGGGAUAAGAACUUUAUCGAGUGGUUCCAAUCUCUAGUUUAUCAGAGUUAUCGAGAAGAUGAUGACUUACUUUCAUUAUCUCAUGGUCCAAGUAAGAUUGUUAAAUGUCUUACUGGAUUUGUCAUAAAUGGACAUCGAUUUCAUACAGAAAGUCGAGAUAAUUGUUUGUCAACUCAAAAUAGUGGGGUUGCGGUUGUUGGUGAUGCUGGUGAUGGUGGAGAUAUAGAUUAUUAUGGUGCUUUGGUUGAAGUUGUCGAAUUAGAGUAUCUUGGUGGAAGAAAGGUUGUUCUAUUUCGUUGUAAGUGGUGGGAUGUGCACGGCAAAGGAAAAGAGACCGCUUUGAAAGAAGAUAAAUAUGGAUUUGUUAGUAUUAACUGCCGACAUUUGCUAAAGACGAAUGACCACUUUAUACUUGCUGGCCAAGCAUCACAAGUUUUUUAUGUUGAGGAUAUUGCCAAUGAAGGUUGGCAUGUAGUUCUUAAAGCACAACCCCGUGAUUCCUAUGAUAUGCCACCAAAUACAGAUGAUUGUGAGAUAACAGACGAUGGAGUUGAAGCUUAUUUGCAAGAUGAAUCAUUUGAUGCUCAGGCUAUUGCAUCAACAUCAUUAGUAGAUGAUGGUAUCAAUUUGAGAAGGAGCGAUAUUGAUCCAAUUAUUGUAAAUUCGGUCUCAACUUCAAAAAAGAGGAAAAAGACUCAAGCAGAGAAUUAG